AUGAUGGAAAACAAGCGAGGAUACUACGAUAUUUUUGUUAACACUUGUGCCACCUAUCCCUCAAAUGUAGCUGUUAGGCAUUACAACAAUGGUGUCUAUGAGAACUAUUCAUAUUCUGAACUUUACGGUGUCUGUGAAUACAUUUCACAAAAUUUACAACAAAUUAAUUGCACUAAGGGAAUAGUUGGUUUGGUCUCAGACAGAAAUAUUAUUGUACCCUGCGUCAUUGCUGCAGCUCAUAAAAAUUGUACAACAUUCAUGUUCCUUGACCCAUCACAAGAUCUAGAACCAAUUAUCAAUGAAAUUAAAUUUGACUUCAUAAUAUCUAUUAAAAACUCUGAAGACAAUGUUGAAGAACUGUUAUAUAAAAGACCUGACAAAUCUAUAGAGAUUUUCAACUUGAAAUUACAUUUUUACAACUACCAUAAGAGUGUAAACUCUUCUUAUGGGCCUGAAUACUCUUUUAUUGCAAUGACCUCAGGGAGUACUGGAGACCCUAAACAUAUACAUGUGCCAAUACAAUGCUUGCAGCCUAAUAUUGAUGAUUUAACCAAAUUAUUUGAUAUUAACCAGGAGGAUAUAAUAUAUUUUUCAACCCCAUUAACAUUUGAUCCAUCGAUGAUAGAAGUCCUUUUGACAUGCACAAAUGGUGCCUCACUUCUUAUUGCUCCUGAGAAAGCAGAUCUACUUUUUCCUGAAAACAACGAGAAUUCUAUCACAUUUUGGCAGACAACACCAUCUAAAUUUUUUCAGCUCUCAAAUGCUGAUAUCAAAAAUAAAAUUCUUUCUGUUGACUCAACUUUAAAGAUUUUAGCUUUGGGGGGAGAACCUUUAAAUGGUAUAAAGAGAUUGAGAGAAUUAAAGCAUGAACAAAAUAAAACGAAAUUAUUCACGCUCUAUGGCGUCACUGAGAUGUCUUGCUGGGCAAGUGUCGCUGAAUUGGAUCUCAACAAAAUUCUAACUGACCUGGAAGUUCCGCUUGGAAAUUGUUUGUCUGAAACAGAUAUUCUCCUCGAUCAUAACAAAGGGAAAAAGGAUACUGGAAAUAUAAUUUUAAUGAGCAAAACUAGGCAAUGUAUAGUUUUAAACAAAGCAAGUGGCACAGAUGAGCAGAGUUCUUUGAAGUUUGUAGAUACUGGGGACAUUGGUGAAAUCAGAAACGGUACUAUUUAUUACAGAGGCCGAAGGGAUGAUAUAGUGAAAAGAUUUGGCCACAAAGUGAACCUGCAAUUAAUUGAAUCUGUCAUAAUGCAGUGUCCUAGGGUGAAAACUUGUUCUAGCAUUUGGUUGCCAAAGCCAAUGCUUCUCGUUGUAUAUUUCUCAUCUGAAACAUUGAAUAGUCAAGAGUUAUCUGACUUUUUAAAAUGUAAACUGGAUGAUAAGCAUUGGCCUGAUAAGAUAAUACGUGUAGACAAUUUGCCAACGAAUUCCCAUGGCAAAAUAUCAAGGCAAAUGUUGGCACAGAUGUUUGAAAAAGUGCUGCCAUUAGCGCAAUCUGUAACAUCACUUAAAGGAAUAUUCUUAAAAGAGUUGAAAAUUACCUUAAAUAGGAAUUUUACAUAUGAUGAAAUAAAGGACAAGGACUUUUUCUCACUCGGUGGGACGUCAUUUCUCGCUAUAUCAAUGUGCAAUAAAUUAUCUAUAACUUGUUUACAAUUUGGAAAAGUCAUCCUACCCUACUUACUCACACAAAAGAGUACCAUCGAUCAAAUAAUGCAAUUGGCAUCAAAAGAAAUGACCGUCGAUGGAAAAGCAAGAAAAAGAUUAAAAAGGACUCGGUCAAACACUGAGAGUCACCUAUCAGCAGCUCUUUCAAUAAAGAAAAUCAUUGAAGCUACCAGUACAAACCCUGUCGAUUUCAUGGUUGCUUGGUCGUUUGAUACAGGGAAAUGUGUGGAUGCAUCGCCUACACUCUUUCAACAUGGAUACAAACUCUAUGUGACAGUAGGCAGUCACUCAGGAAAAAUAGUUGUUGUUGAUGGCAUCAGCGGUCUGACGCAGGGAUUGAUAAAAGUGAAGUCACGAAUCGAAGCCCCAGUUUUGUGUUCUAAUGAGGCACCACUCUCGGCGCCGUGCGGCAUUGUCGGUGCCCACGACGGAACGAUCGUUUGCUUCACCCUGGAGACGUGCAAGGAACUCUGGAGGAUAAACAUAGGCAGUAUGAUCAAAAGUAAAGCCACCUUUUGCAAGGCCCUAUUAUACGUUGCAGCUUACGAUGGAAACAUUAGAUGCAUUGAUGUUUUAACUGGUAAAAUAAAGCAAAUAAUAAACGUCACCGAUCAAGCCAUAUCUGCUGAUUUAGUGCUAGCUAAAAAGGAAUUCAUUCUUCUGGGUACACUGUCUGGUGUAUGUGCUAGUAUACACACUGAAACGAAGACAGUAGUAUGGCGUGGAACACUUAGUAGUCCGGUGUUUGCCGCUCCAGUACUAUAUGACCACGACAAAUAUGUAGUGUUUGCUGAAGUAAAUGGAGAAAUUAACUGUCGAACUGUCGAAAAAGGAAUCAAGAUUUGGAAGUAUCAAGGCGCAAAAGGCAAUAUAUUUUCUUCAAUAUAUGUUAAGGAAAUUGACAAGCUUAAGUGGCAAAUGAUAUUUGGGUGUCACGACAGUAAGGUUUAUUGCAUUAAUAUUAAGAAUUUUCAACCGACCCUCAACUGGAAAGCACAACUUACAUCACCGGUGUAUUCAACGCCUUGCGGUUUAAGCGAUAAAUUACUACUGGCAGCCUCCAACAAUGGAAUAUUGUGCAUUUUGGAAGCAGAAACAGGAAUUAUCAUAGCAGAGUAUCACUUGCCAAAUGAGACUUUCUCAACUCCAGCCAUAUAUGGUGACUACAUUUUCAUAGGAUGCAGAAAUGACCAUCUAUAUGCUAUUAAAUAUGUUUUAAACAUUUAA